AUGGUCCGCGCUCUGCUCCUCUCUGCAUUGGCCUUGGCCUUUGGCAGUGGCACUCUCCCUGCGUACGACGACGUACGAGCCAGGAGACAAAUCGUCACCGAAAUCUCUCGACAACUUUCGCGGGAUAUUCCUUCUAGUGCCAGGAACGACUUGAUGGAUUUCCUAGACCGCUGGCGAUCAAGCAAGUUGACAUUUAUAAUGGAGCAGGAGGUGAGAUUGACAGAUGCUUGUGAUGACGACUGUGCGGCUCUAGGAUGCAAUAUGCCGCGCCUUGUCACCUCACGAGUCAGCGAUACGCAUGCAAUCAGAGACACGUUUCCUGGGUCGGCCCUUGGCGCGGCCGCACUCUGCCACUUGAUCGGUGGCUAA